CACUCCUAUGCUGAUAAGCAAAAACUAAUGCAAUAUAUUGUCCGAUCUUACUUCAGAGAUCUUCAUUAUUCACAAGAUGGCGCUACGUCUCCUAGUGUAUCUGCUAAUCUUAACAUGCUUCACCAAAGUAAAGGGGGACAGGAUGGAGGAACCGGAAAUUGCUGGAAUGGUCCUUGAAUUAUCUAAAACCGUGGAAAAACUGGAAUCCAUUGUAGAGAAACUACAGAGUGACAAUGUGGACUUAAAGGGCGCCCUCGCAGAUCUGUCCACCAGACUGGAAGCUGAGACACACCAAAGAAAGCUAAUCGAACACCGCCUUCUUGAAUGUGAAGGACGCCUGGAUUCAGUGAAACAACAUGCUGUUUUUAAGAAGUAUCCGACAGGGCAGGGAAAUAAAAGUCGCACUGGUGAUUUAAUUUUCCGAGAAGGAAAUACUCCAAAGAAUGUACAGAGGCGCAGACGACAGGGAAUUCGCUCCACCCAUGGAACCAUAGCUUUCUCUGCGUUCAUGUCCACCGGUUUGACGCCUGGACAUUUACGAACCUUGAUAUUUGACGCUAUUUUCACCAAUGAGGGAAGCGGUUAUAACCAUCAUAUGGGUGUCUUCAUGGCCCCGCGUUCUGGUCUCUACGUCUUCACGUGGACAAUACGAGGUAAUGGAGGAGCAGUCUUGAACACGCAGCUACUGGUUAAUGGAAUUAUUUACGGGUCAAUUUACACACGCGAUCCCAGCUACUCGGAUUCGAGCACGGGUGCAUCAGUGGUGUACGUGGCUGAAGGCGCGGCGGUCUACAUCCGGACAGGUCCCUCUGGUAACAGUGGGAGUAUAGUUAGCAGCUCUGAUGGGUACACAACAUUCUCUGGGUGGACAAUUGAUUGAAUGUUAUCAUUAAUGUAAAUUAUAGUAGAUUUCAUUAAAACUGAGAAGAUUC